AUGGCCUCAAUCUUUCUCACCGGCGCAUCGGGCUACGUAGGAGGUCAGCUCCUCCGUGAGCUCACACAAGCUCAUCCCGAGUACACCGUCGUCACGCUCGUGCGCGACGCCAACGCAGCUGAGACCAUCGCAAAGGCAUAUCCCAAAGUGCGCACUGUGGUGGGUGACCUAGAUGACAGUGCGCUCGUGGAACAGGAGGCUUCACAAGCUUCUGUGGUACUGAAUGUUGCGUCGAAUAAGCAUAUUGGGUCGUUGCAGGCGAUUCAUCGGGGGUUGCAGAAGAAAGGAAAUGGUUACUUGAUUCAAAUUUCUGGUGCGAGUUUAUUGCCUGUUAAGGACUUAUCAUGGCCCUCCUUCAAACCAGGUGAACCCUCCAACGAAGUCUGGGACGAUCUCGAUGGUGUCUCUUCCAUUCUGGACCUCAUCCGCAGCCACGACUCUCGCGUGGUAGACAACUACAUUCUCAAAAUCGCAAAAGAAACACCGUCUAUCAAAACUGCACUUGUUCUUCCUCCAAUUAUUUAUGGAAAAGGUCAAGGUCCUGUGAAGCAGCGCAGCGUGCAGAUCCCCGCACUCUCAAAAGUCGCGAUUGAGAGGGGCCAUGCAGUCAGAGCGGGUCGAGGUUUAGCUGCCUGGACGAAUGUUCACGUCGCAGAUCUCGCGAGAUUAUUUACUCUUUUGGCGGAGAAUGGUGCAAAGGGAAGUGAGGAUGAGAAUGUCUGGGGCGAGAAGGGGAUUUAUCUUCCUGGUGUUGGCGAGAUGACAUGGGCCGAUAUUUCAGACAGAGUCGCCAAAGCAGCAAAAGACCAAGGACUCAUUGAUACCCUUCAAGUAGAAGAACUCUACAAACCAGAAGUCGACACUGCACUCCCCGCGGGUUCAGUAUUCUUCGGCAGCAAUGCCCGAAGCAAGCCCCGUCGCGCCACUGAAGUUCUAGGCUGGAAGCCAAGUGAGACAGGGCUUGAUGAGGAGAUUCCUCGGGCUGUGGCUGAAGAGGCAGAGAGUCGAAAGUGA